CUGGGGUUGACAAUACAUCCGGAAGACAGAUGUAAUAUACCAAACAUACAUUUUCUCCCAUGCAUGUUAAAAGUGCAGUAAUAACACUUGUGUAAAUGGUGGACUGAGGUUAUUGAAAGCCCAUAAAAGUCUCAAUGAGGAAACAGCGCAAGAAAUAAUCAAAGUCCAGAGUGACAAGAGCAACAGCUCGUUUGUACCCUUCAUUACAGGUAUCAAGAAAAGGCGAUAUUCGGCUGAGCGUGGACACAGCAGGUCUAUGAAACGGUGAAUCAUGAGACUAACAGGCCCCCUGAGAGUUGUGGCUGUGCUGCUGUUGGUGGGGCUCACCUGGCUGCUGGCUAACACUUUAUUUGGAGGGGAGAGUGGUACAUCUGUGCGGCAUUUCUUCAGCGGUGCAAGUGAGGAACCAACACCUGCUGAACCCCGUCCUCGAAGGUAUAAAUGUGGACUUUCAGCCCCCUGUCCCCCAAAACAUUUGGCUUUCCGCCUGGUGUCUGGUGCUGCCAACGUCAUCGGCCCCAAAAUCUGCCUCGAGGACAAGAUGUUGGUGAGCAGUGUGAAGAACAACGUUGGCAGAGGAUUAAACAUAGCUUUGGUGAAUGGGGUAACAGGAGAGCUAUUGGACACAAAGACAUUUGAUAUGUGGGCGGGAGAUGUUUCUGACCUGUUGAAGUUUCUGCGGCCGCUCCAUGAAGGAACGCUCGUGUUCGUGGCUUCCUUUGACGAUCCAGCUACAAAGCUGAACGACGAGUCUCGACGACUGUUUGAGGAGCUUGGGAGCACGGCAGUGAAGGAGCUGGCCUUCAGAGACAGCUGGGUGUUUGUUGGAGCCAAAGGCAUCGAGAAUAAGAGUCCUUUUGAGCAGCGUAUGAAAAACAGUAAGAGCAGCAACAAGUAUGAAGGUUGGCCCGAGUCUCUGGAAAUGGAUGGCUGUAUUCCCCUUCGUCCACCCCUGGAGGGAUAACUCUGCACAGCGCUCCCUCACAUACAGCACAGUAACACCUGGAGUAGCAGCAGUGGAUCCAAAUGACUGUUAGAAAGCCAAGGACCUGCUGAAUGCCUGUCACCAUCCAGGAUUUGGGCCACAUAACCUUUUGUUUUCCUGAUCAUGGCAGAGGCAUGAGCUGACUUCAAAGAUUGUUUUGAGAAUUGAUCUAUUUAAAAUUGCUGGAACCUGUUGUUGAAGAUUUGUGCAUUAAGCUUUGUGAGCUGCGUUUGAACUAAAGUAAUGUUGUAGAAUAAAGGAAAAUGUUUGUGUCAGGUUAAGGGAAACUUGAGAGGCCAAAUGUUUGAUGACCAAAGUUUAACAGUGACUAGUGAAUGAGAACACCUGGAGUAGGUCUUCCAAAGCCAUUGUAGGAGGUGAUAUAUUUCCUCUCUUCAAGGCUGACUGUAGGGUGUCAUUAUGUGUGCUUGAGCAACAGGAAUUUUUAUGUUCAUCAGGCAAAAGACACACCAAACUAGUUUCACACUAAGGCAUUGGGAAACCUAACCCAGAUCAGCACAAGGAAAACAUUUGAGGUACUCUAGUAGUUUAAAGUUCUUCUAAGAUCCAGGUCUGUGUGCAGAUUUAUAUUUAAAUACGUUAAUAUAUUUUCAUCCUGUGAUGUAUAUGAUUCCGUGAUAUUGAUAUGCAUAGUGUUAGCUGCCAUUGUUUCCUUAGAACUUGAUGCGCAGCAGUUAUUGCUUGCCAUGUGUUUACAGAUUUAUUUAGACAAAUUUGCCGUUGGCCAUUUCCUUUUGAUAAACCUAUUUAUUUUAAUACUUCAUUUAAAAAAAAAAAACACAGCCAGGCAGAUUAACUGUCAUCUGUUCAUCAUAACACUGCCCAUGGUUUUAAUGUUGUCUCAGGCCUGCGAGCAUCUUUCCACUGAGUGCUUUGUUUAAAAGAUUCAACCAAAAUGUGUGGUUGUGUAUGCUGUUUUUUUUUAAAAAUGUUGAAUGUAUCCACCUGGCGUCUUGCAAGCCUACCAUGAAGGAAGAGUUUGAUGCUUAAAAACAAAAAGAUAAUUUUAUAUAAAUUGUUAGAAUUUCGUCUGGAUCAAGUUAUGUAACCUCUAAGUGUAAAGAUUUUCUACAAAGCAUCCAGUCUGUGUUUAUAUUGUGACAAUG